AGGCGGGGAGCAGCCGGGCGCCUCCGCAGUAGGGGCGGCGCAAAGGAAGGCGCCGGGCGGCGAGGAGAAAGGGGCGAGCCAGGACCAGGGCAGCCAUGGCCGCAGCCCUGGAUGCAGAAUCCCUCGGCGGAGACGAGUGCAUAGAAGAGGAUGAAGAGGAACUGGAGACGGGCCUUGAGGACCAUGAGAGCGUGGGGAAAGCAUUCAUCCCGGGGGGACGCGGCUGCUGCAUCCUGACCCGCCGCGGGAUCACGUUGCGUGUGCUUCUCAAAGACGGGCUGAUUGAGCCUGGAGAAGGCGUGCUGUCCAUUUACUACCUGGGAAAGAAGUUCUUGGGUGACCUGCUGACGGACGGCAAGAUUGUGUGGCAGGAGACGGGUCAAGUGUUCAACUCACCCAGCGCUUGGGCGACCUACUGUAAAAAGCUCGUCAACCCAGCCAAAAAGUCCGGCUGCGGCUGGGCCUCGGUCAAGUACAAGGGACAGAAGUUAGACCAGUAUAAGGCUGUAUGGUUGAAGAAGUACCAGCCCAACACCCCCCCUGCAGAGGAGAGUUUGGUGAGCGAAGGGGAAGAAGAUGAGCUUGUCGAGGAGGAGGAAGAAGAAGCCAAGCGAGUGAAGACUGCUGUCCCGGAGUCCAUGCUAGCAAAGAAAUUGGAGGAGAAGAAGCAACAGCAAGCCAAAUGCCCUGCAGAACUGCACAGCACAGAUAAGAGCAAAAGGCUGGACUGCAGGAAUCGAGUCCCGGUUCGGUACUGCAGUUUGGGAAGUCGGGAUUCUGCCAGGAAUCCCCACACCUUGGUGGAAGUGACGUCUUUCACAGCCCUUAACAAAUUCCAGCCCUUUAACGUCGCAAUCUCUAGCAACGUCCUUCUGUUACUGGACUUCCACAGUCACUUAACGAAGAGCGAGGUGGUUGGCUAUUUAGGUGGCCGAUGGGACAUCAACAGCCAGCUGUUAACCGUGCUGAGGGCAUUUCCGUGCCGAUCGCGCCUUGGAGAUGUCGAAUUAGCAGCUGCUGUGGAAGAAGAGAUCUGCCAACACCUCUUUAUGCGUGGGCUGUCCCUGGUGGGCUGGUACCACAGCCACCCUUUUAGCCACGCCCUCCCAUCUCUGCAGGACAUUGACACUCAAAUGGAUUACCAGCUGAAGCUCCAGGGAACCAGCAACAGUUUUCAGCCUUGCUUGGCUCUCAUCUGCGGUCCUUAUUUCCACGGCAACCAGGGUGUGGAGUCUAAGAUUGCGCCCUUCUGGGUCAUGCCCCCUCCAGAGCAAAGACCAUACGACUAUGGCAUCCCCAUUGAAGUGGAGCUCACCUAUGUCCAAGACGGAUUUUUAACCAACGACGUUCUCCAUGAGAUGAUGCUCCUGGUGGAGUUCUACAAAGGAGCACCCGACGUCGUGAAGUUUCAAGAGAUGUGGAGCCAGGAGCAGACCUAUUUGGAUAAACUCAAGGGCUCCUUGGCUUCCAGAACGCCGAAGGACCAAGGGUUCGGACACAUCCUGGAACAAGUGUACAGCGUCCUCAAACACAACAGCUAAAAACAGCAGGAGAAACUCUUAAAGGAACUGUCACUUUCACAUUCUGGACAGGCAUUUGCGGGAGAAGCUUCUCCCGGCCCCCGUACUCAGAUCUGUGGGUGGAGGGGGCAACGGAGGCUGUGUGUGUGUGUGUUUUAAGACACAUAGUUUUCAUGAAUCAAAAGGCAGGUGUGGGGAAACUGUGGCCCUCCGGACAUUGCAGAACUGCAGCUCACAUCACCCCACCCUGAAUGAAAAUCCUACAUUUUGUUAAUCCUAGUGUAGGAGACCUUUGGCCCCUCCAGAUGUUCCUGAAAUACAGCUCUCAUCCAGUCCUGGCAAGCAUGACCCAACGGCCUGGGGUGACGGGGGCUGUAGUUCAGCAGCAUCUGGAAGGGCGACGGUUCCCCCGCACCUGGUCUACGGGGCCACAGGCUCCUCGCUCCUCUUCUACAUACUAGCAAGGUCUGUGUGCAUGUGAGAAGUCACACAAAAAAUACCCUCCACUUCCAAACAUUUAAUACUUUUUUUUAUUUCAAGGAUACAAGGUUUUUCUUUUAUUAUUCCAAAACAGAAGGGGGAAGCAGGGAGUAACGGCAAACCCAUGAACAAGAACAAAGUAAGGGUUUUCCCCCCCACCCCCAAAAUAAAACUGCCCAGACUAAGUUAGGGGGGGAGAGAGAGAGACUUGCUUCACUCCAACGGAACAGGCGCCAGACCAUACACUCUGGCAUGACACAGCUACAUAUCAGGAAGCCGGUAUUUACAAAAGCCCUCCCUCCAGCAAGAAAGUAGUAUGUCUGUGGUUUGCUCCUCCUAUGGUCCUGAGAAAUAUUGGAGGUUUGCGGCCGGGGGUCCAAAACAGCUGCAUCCAGCUGCAACGACCCUCUCUCUUUCUCACACGCACACACACACAAGAUCAGGUUUGCAACCCAAACGUUAUUGGUUCUUUGUGAAUGUACUGUGUGCGUGUGUGUUGGGGAGGGGGGAUAAGAGGUUCAGAACAGGCGGACCAUCAAACCUUAGGAGUCACGUCAGGGAUCGAAUAGACGAGAGAGCUACCAUGUGAACGUGUCUGGGGUUUUGCUUUUUAAAAGGGAGUUUUGCAACAAUAUCUAAAGAUACUGAGCAAAGGGCAAGGUUGAUAAAAAAAUUGAAGCGGCCUGUAGGAGAGAGAUGAUUACAGGAAAAAUCCCCCCCUCGCUCUCCCCCCCCCAAACAUCCCAAAGACUUGCUGGGCGAGGAGGGGCCAUUAACUACAAAUAAGUUGAGUCAAGAUAUAUCUAUAUAAAUAGUACGUGUACAGAAAAUACUUUGGGGGUGUGACAACUGGAAAGAAAGGAACUGUGGUACUGUAGCAAAAAAAAAAAAGUGGGUAUUUCUGAGAAUCAUACCUUGCCCUCCAUUGGUAAAAACUGGGAGGGAGGAAUUUUUGGGACGUGAGGGGGAAGAGAAGCAAAUUGCAAGACUGUCGUGCAUACAGCCCCCACCAGCAAAAAAAGAAAGUAAAAGCCAAUUGAACCUUGCAGUGUUUCGUCCCUCUGCCUGCAGUGGGAGAAUGUAAUGACAUUAGUUUUUUUUUUUUUUGGGGGGGGGAGGCAGAAUUAUUGAAAGGGUUCGUAGACUGUCUGAAGUAUUCCCACUGAAAAUCAAGCCCUCUACAGAUCUCCCAUGCCUGGUGCAUACGGCUGCAUUUGGAAGAAAAGAACAGAUUUAGUUACCUCUAGAAAGAGAAAAAAUUGGGGUGGGGCAGAGGUGAGGAUUUAAGCCACACAGCUAGUCUGCUCGGUCUAAGCUGGCACUGGGUUCAAACCCCAUGUGGAACAUUCAACAUUGAAUGGGGGCAGAAAGAAUUAGAGCCAUGUCUUGUCACUGUUUUGAGGGAUGUGUGCAAGUUGCAACUAGAAGUAGAUGAGAAAUCAUCUGUUUGCAGCCCCCACCAAAAAGAAAAUCCCGGCAACGUUGCAAGAUAUCGCCCCAGCAACACAAAAAUGAGCUGCGACAGUCUGCCAACGUCCAGACUAGCAGGACAAAUUGUGAAUCUUGGACUUCUGCCACCAAACUGCGUUUUUUGGGGGGAGGGAGGUAGUUCUGAAUUGUAUUUGUUAAAAAAAAUCCCUGUCUGUAGAAAGCUUGCACAUCAGGGAGUGGGGGGGAAAAAGAUGACAGGAGCCUGUCCCUCGUGCCCUCCUUUCUCUAUAUAUCAAAAAAGAUACCUCCAUGAUCACUCCCGUUUUGCAAUCUGCAGUCGCCUGCUUGAUGGCAUGAAACCGGGCACAAAACAGCCCCCCCUCCCUGGCUGUCAGCCAGUCACGGUGGGCCAGUUGUAGCCAAACCAUGCGGGUCUGGGGGAGCGGAGGUAUGCAUCAGGAGCUCUUGCAUUCCUCUCAGGAAAAAGCUAAACGGGGCAGGAGAGGCACUGCCCAGUGCUGGCGCACAGGCAGCAUGUCUGAGUUCUCCUCCCAAGCCAAAACUUUAGGACACUCCCCCAGUAUGGGGUGCAGAAAAACUGAGCUGGAGACGGGGGGGGAGAGAAGGACCACCUCUCCCCCCAAAGAUUGCUUAAUUAAACAAAAGAAGUCCUUUCGUUGCUAAAUGGUGCAAGUGAGAAAGAUUGCUGAGUUGUACCUAAACGGGUGAUACCUUCUCAGAGUCAAACCCGAUUUAACGGACCCACGCCAGACUUGCGCGCUGAUUUCAAUGGGUCUGUUUGGAGGUAGACCAGCAUUGCGCACAACACUCUGGUAGUGUUUAAUAGAAGCCAGGCAGGCGGCCGCUAUUCCUGCUGAGCUGUGCUUCCUGUGUGCAUGUACAAGUGUGUGCUCUCUCAGACACUCACUCCCUGGCUCAAAAGGGCUGGUCUCCAGGCCAGCCCAGUGAUACCUGCCCCCCCUUCACAAACCCACAAGGAAGACAGCUCAGAGAAUCACAGUAGCGUGCUCCCCAAAUCCCCCCCAUCUCCAGGCAGCAUGCUUCACACCCAUAAGAGCUUGAUCCCCUACCAUAAAAUGGGACACUUAACAGUGUACAAAAGCACACACACACACCCCUCCCCAAUUUGGCUCAAGAUGUCUUUAACUCAAGCACUAGAAGAGAACCGGGUGGGUAGGUAGGGAGAGAGGUGGGAGAGGAGACGGGGUUCAGUUCCAGGCCCCCUUUGUGCUCUGCCUUCCCUCCCAAUGGGCUUGGCUCUCCUGCUCCACAUUGCUGGUACGAUCACACUUUUCCCCAAUGUAAAACGGUUCCCACUCAUCGGAUGGGGAAUUAGUGUUUGGUAUAUCACAUGGAAUGUAAGGGGGGGCGGUAAAAGAAGCAAUCCCUCCCCUCCACCUCUCUUUUUUCACUCCCUCUUGGCUUGCAUCAACAAGUGUGUAUGUGAGACGAGGAAUGCAGAGGGAAGGGAGAAGAGGUCAAAAUAACAAUAAAAGAGGCCACCUGGGAGGGAAGCUGAGAGAGGGAGGUGGGCAGGCGGAGGCCCUUUCACUGAGGUAGCGGGACCAGCACUUCCACGUAGUUGAGGGGGAAGAAGCCCGACUGGCCGUUGAUCAUGCCCUCAUACCAGUUCUCAUCGAUCUGAUUGGUCAGGGUGAUGAUGUCGCCUUCCUUGAAGCCCAGCUCGCCGUCAUUCUCCGGCUCGAAGUCAUACAAGGCCUUGCAACAGGGCUGGUCCAAGUGAG